AUGAGCAGUGGAAGCUUUAGGAGAAGCAGAAAGAGCAUCUGUAGUGAUGGCUCUAAUGCGGCAGUCAGCCUACAGCCAGGGGGCCUGCUGGCGAAAGUGACGGCUCUGAAUGUUACCCCCAAGACCGUGGAAGUGGCAUCAGCAGGGAAUUUGGAACCCAAGCACCUGAAGAUGCUGCUGUCCUGCCUACAAACCAGCAUCAAUCCAGAUGAAAAAUGCCGCAUACUUAUUACUUUGGGGAAUGCUUCGGCCUUCACUGUAAACCAGAAUCUGAUCCGAGAAUAUGAUGGACUUUCUAUUAUAGCUGGUUUUCUUUUUGAUCCGUCUACAAACGUACGAGUGCAAACUUUAAACACUUUAAAUAAUCUCAGUAUGAACAUUCCAAACCAGGAACGACUGACGCUGUACGUCCCUAAGGUUUUGGAGCUUAUUGAGACGUCACCAGUGAAUUCUGAACUUCAGCUGUGCGCACUCAGACUUCUAACAAACCUCUCAGUCUGUGACAAAAACCAGCACCUGUUAAAGGAAUCUCUCAAACUGUUACUGACUCUGUUUGUUGUCAGCAAUGAGCCAGCACAGGUUCAGACCCUGAAAGUCCUGGUAAAUUUGUCUUCUAAUCCUGAUAUGAUGGAUGACAUUGUGCAGGUCCAGGCUCCAGCCUCUCUACUGCUUCUGUUUGACCCCAGGACAUCUCCAGCAGUGCUCGUGCGUCUGCUCAUCUUUGCAGGGAACCUCAAAGCGUGGCGGCCCUCGGCCCUGGUGGCUGAUGACCUGCGGCACAAGCAGGACUGUCUGUACCGCCUCAUGCUGGACGAGUGCUCCCAACUCCACAGUAGAGUUCUCCCUCUGCUGUCUCACCCUGAUGAGGAAGUGAGGCUCCAGGCCACUCGAGUCUUUACAUGA